AUGUUCAAUACUCAUUCUAUAAAUUUUUAUUUUAGUGGUGGCUCUGUUUCAUGGAACAUUCGAGAAGUCGAUUACAAUGCCAUUAAUACAACUGUUGGAGUACGUAUUUCACAACGACAUUCGUGGCGCCGAAGUGCUGCUAUGGGUUUCUGGAAAGUACCUGAAUGCGAUAUAGAUACGAUUCACAAUGGAAGUGCUGUUAUUGGUGAAGGCUUUCUGAAUUGUAUAUCAGAUGAAUGUCCGAGACUGGGAAGUUCUUAUCUCACCAUACCAACACGUGUUUCCUGUACGGACUUCUCUGUUGAAUACGACUAUGCUAGUGGGGAAGCAUCUCGGAUGAUUCAGUUACCUGUUGGUUAUCAAUUUACUUACUCUUUUUCAUCUUGUUGCUGGAUAUCACUGUUACCUACUUCACAUUCUCCAUCAUGGAAGUUAAAUGUGACGAUUACUACCAAUCGUAGAGCCAAUGGAAGGUAAGGGACUGAAGGUUAUAUAGCAUAAGUCAACUAGAUCGAAACUACUGUAUAAAGGGGGUGGCUGCAGAUGUGGGUUUUCAUCUCUUCUUUCCCACACCAAACUACCCACACGCAGCUAUAUGGGUGUGGGUGUGAGUGUGGGUGUGAGUGUGAGUGUGGGUGUGGGUGUGGGUGUGGGUGUGGGUGUGGGUAUAGGUGUGGGUGUGGGUGUGAGUGUGGGUGUAUGGGUGUGGGGGU